CUGCAAUUUGUUUUGUUUCAUCCAAAUUUGUGAAUCUCUGAGUGUUCGUCUUCACCAACAUGCUCUCUCGUUUGUUCCUUAGACCUUCGAAUCUACGACUCGUAACCCUAGUUUCAUCCAAAUCAAAUUCUCAGAUCUUCUCCUCGUUUAUUCGUCCUCUUUCCACUAACAGUAGCGGCGGCGGAAAUGGUGAUGGGAAUGGGCGUAAUCGGAAUGAUGCUCCGUGGAGUUUUACUGGAGUAAACGAUGACAAGUCCGGACCUUUCACUUCCGAUGAUUCUUGGGGUUCUUCUGGAGUUGCAGGAUCUGGUUCAGCUGGUGAAGAGGGGAAAUGGCCGGAGGAGCCUAAGAGAUGGAAUAUAAAGGAGGAAGAUGAUAAGGUUGUGUUUGAUACUGGUGGAGAAAUGAGUCAAGGGAUUGAAACUGGACGCGAGAGGAGGGGCAAUGACUGGGGGGAGACUAAGCGAUGGGAUAUGAAGGACGGAGAGGAUAAAGGCGUGUUUGGUGCUGGAAGUGAGGUGGUGAAUGGAUUUGGAACGAGUGGAGAGGUGAAAUCUAAUGAAUCGGUAGGUUCUAAGCCAUGGAAUUUGAAGGAGGAGGAUGAGGGAGUUGUGUUUGACAUUGGAGGUGAGGUGCCGUUGAGCUUUGAAAACAGCUUGGAAAUGGCGGAGGAAGAGCGUGUGAAGAAGGAAUUAAUGGAGAAAGAGGAGAAGGAGCUUCUUGAGGUUAUCAAGGGUCCUGAUCGAGCAUUUGGAGACCUCAUUGCUAAGUCAGGUAUAACAGAUGAAAUGCUAGAUAGUUUAAUAGCCUUGAAGGAUUUCCAAGGGGUCGAAGGAUUGCCUCCUCUGACUGAGAUUGAAAAUCUGCGCCGUGAGAAAAGUUCAAAGAAGUCCUCAAGAGCUGAUAUAGAACUCCAGAUGCAAGAAGACAUUGCCAAAGCACGGGUGAGACAGGUCGACGAAACGGGUAGAGCCUAUGGAACCGGAAGAAGAAAAUGUAGCAUUGCCCGUGUUUGGAUUCAACCUGGGGAAGGAAAAUUUGUUGUUAACGAGAAAGAAUUUGAUUCCUAUUUCCCUAUGCUUGAUCAUCGUGCUGCUCUUCUACGCCCACUUGCUGAAACCAAAACCUUGGGUCGUUGGGAUAUUAAGUGCACUGUUAAAGGCGGUGGUACCACAGGUCAAGUUGGAGCUAUUCAAUUGGGUAUCAGCAGGGCAUUGCAAAACUGGGAACCAGAUAUGCGAACAUCACUUCGAGCUGCUGGUUUUUUGACAAGAGACUCACGAGUUGUGGAAAGGAAGAAACCUGGAAAAGCCAAGGCAAGAAAGAGUUUCCAAUGGGUCAAACGUUAAAUCCAAAAAGCGUACGAUAGCUUCCUUUUUUUUUUUUUUUGUCUCUGUCAUUUUCAUUGGUUCAUCUACACUUAUACCGGGUUUAGAAGAAUCACCGGCAAAUAACUUGUUCUUUUGGUUCGAUCCCUUAGUUAUCUUCUUGUACCAACACAUUCUUGGAAACUUGAGUUUCUUUGGUUUAUGAGUCGGACACAUAUUUUUGUAUUGUUUUGUUCCGACAAUAUGUCCUACUUCUUCAAAAGAUAAUGUUCAACUCAA